CUUUCACUUCCAUCGGCUCUGCGGACCUUGCAAACCUUAUGCCUCACACCGUUCCUUGUCACCUUACGUAGUGGUUGCCAUCAGAUCUACCAAAUUCAAUCCAAUUGUUCCUUUCUCCUCCUGGCCGCUUACCUGUCCGCCUGUCGCAUCGUCCGUCCAUUCAUUUGCGCGUUGUCUGACCAACACCUGUUCGGCCCUUCCAGCGGCCCUGCUGUCGGCUUCUCUUCAAAUCCGUCAGAUGAAGCUUGAAGUUGCGAGUCAAGAUCUUCUGUGGCAAUUAUGGGGUCCUUUCUAAGGAGUCUACGCAGAGAUGUGGGACCCCCCACACCCUCAGUUGGGGCGACUCCCGCAAAGAAAGAACCACCAGUGCCCCCCGUGACCCCUUUAGAGAAGAUGCUCCAGGAUAUGGGUGCGAUCCGUGAGGAUGGUAGUGACAAGUUUUUUGGGAUGGAAAAUUACGGUAACACCUGUUAUUGUAAUUCGAUUUUACAGUGUCUAUAUUAUUCCGUUCCUUUUCGGGAGGCUGUCGUUAAUUACCCGACCCGAACACCUAUAGAGAGUCUAGAAGCGGCGUUAGCAAAGACUCUUCGCUAUCAAAACUUCGCCGCUAACUUGGAAGCCGAGGCGCUGGCCGAGAAACAGAAAGCUGCCAAUGCUCAGCGCCCUGGAGCGCCUCCGAAUCAGCCGCAAAAACCAGAGGACAAAGACUCGCCCGAAUACAAGAAGAAAAUGGCAUUACAAACGCUACCACUCUUGGAGACAAAGAACAACGCGACCAGCUAUGGAAUGUCAGAGUCCCUCUUUACGUCAUUGAAAGACCUUUUCGAGUCUGUUGUUGCAAGCCAGUCGCGGAUAGGUAUAAUCCGACCGCAGCACUUCUUGGAUGUUCUCCGACGUGAACACGAAAUGUUUCGGACUGCUAUGCACCAAGACGCCCAUGAAUUCCUAAACCUACUUCUCAAUGAAGUUGUUGCGAACGUGGAGGCAGAGGCAUCUAAACAACCUGAAUUAGAGAAGAGUCUCCCCCCAGCUGAAAGCACAGACUCGACUGAGCUAUCGGGAAGCGCCGGCUCUAAAACCCCCAACACUACUCGCUGGGUGCAUGAAUUAUUUGAAGGGACUCUGACAUCGGAAACACAGUGUUUAACUUGUGAGAAGGUUUCGCAACGUGACGAAGUUUUCUUGGAUCUGUCGGUAGACCUUGAACAGCACUCGUCGGUUACGUCGUGUUUGAGAAAGUUCUCAGCAGAGGAGAUGCUUUGCGAAAGAAACAAGUUCCACUGCGAUAACUGCGGUGGUCUUCAAGAGGCUGAAAAGAGGAUGAAAAUCAAGCGCCUGCCUCGGAUUCUGGCUCUGCACCUCAAACGAUUCAAAUAUACCGAAGACCUGCAACGACUUCAGAAGCUAUUCCAUAGAGUUGUCUAUCCCUAUCACCUUCGCCUUUUCAAUACGACAGACGAUGCGGAGGACCCAGAUCGUUUGUACGAGCUUUAUGCAGUGGUGGUGCAUAUCGGUGGCGGGCCAUAUCAUGGACACUAUGUCGCCAUUAUUAAAACACAGGAUCGCGGAUGGUUGUUGUUUGACGAUGAGAUGGUAGAGCCUGUGGAUAAGAACUAUGUCCGUAACUUCUUUGGCGACAGGCCAGGUCUGGCCUGCGCCUACGUCCUAUUCUAUCAGGAGACCACACUCGAGGCUGUUAUGAAAGAACAAGAGCAGGAAAACCUGGACUUAAACACGGGCGUCGCUGACAUAAACGACUCCACCUUAAAACAGAAUGGCCAUCCCCUAUCUCCAGGGUUGGCCCAUGUUCACAGCGCAUCACAGAUACCUUCAGCCAAUGAACCCGCCCGAUUCAGCAGUCUCCAACGGGCCCCUACUGCGCCUCCCUUGUUCCCUCACCCGGAACAUGCAGACUCGGAAAGCGCAUCCGCAGAUCCUUCGACUACUACAUCUAGCAUCCCGCCUGUUCCCCCCAUACCGGACACGCAUUCUCUUCCUCUCAGCCCGAAAAAGAGCGAUUCUCAUUUCAAAAAGGAACGCGCCAAAGAGGAAAAGGAGCGAAAAGCAAGCGAGAAAGAAAAAGAGAAACAACGCCGGAAGGAACAGGAAGCGAGAAUCAGGGAACAGCGACGAGAGGAUGCCGAAAUCAGAGCUGCGCUCGAGGCGAGCAAGGCGUCGAAGGCCGAGGAAGAUCGUCGGCAUUCUCCUGAUGACAGCAAGAAGCCAAGCCAUGGCUUGAGCCGUCUGAAGCGCGGUAGCAAGAGCUUCAGCCAUCGGCUCGGCAAAGAUAAAGAGAAUCGGGCUCCAUCCUCAGGUCUCCCGGCAACACCUAUUGCGGAACACCCACCAUCAAGAAACGGGGCUUCCGAAUCACAGCAACAACUACCCAACGGCCAAUCUCCGGGUUUUCAUGGCUUACAUACUAGGCAUACAGGACUAGGCGAAGAGCGGGAUACACUCAAAGAUCCUAAACACGACCCUAAACACGACAGAAGCGGACACCAUGGAAAAUGGAGGAGUUUCAGUCUCAAGAAGAAGUCGUUUAGCAUUCUUUCAUGAGCCUUUCUUCUCGUCCCGGUAUUUCGGCGACAAGUAUCGGCGAUAUCUUUCUGCACAUAGAAUGCGCGUUUUCCGUACAUAUUUCGAUGUAUCAUCACCUUUAUCUUCAUACCGGUCGUAUGGAUCUUCCGGCGGCAUAUUUCAGAGUCCCGCGCAUCCUAUAGCAAGGAUACCAUAGGAACCGG